AUGAGUACACCGACACCAGUAACUGGUAAACUUACCAGUAGAGUCAUGAAUAUGAAGUUCAUGAAGUUUGCUAACAAUGGAGAAGAAUUGACGGACCCUAGAGGGAACGCCAGUGGGGCCUUAAACAAUGCUAAUGCAAAUCAUAAAGGGAGAGAUAGUGCCAUUACGAAAAAGUUUAAUGAAGCUAGUGAAUGGAAAUUAGAGAGAAUGAAGAUAAAUCCGGAAAGUUCAGAUAAGUCUGUUAACACUACAUUGACAAGAAAGAUAAUUAAAAUAAAGAAAACACCAACUGUGGUAUCUAAUGUAGGUGUUGCCAGUCUGCAGAGGUUGAGGACCCCAGAAACUAAUAUGUUACCAGUCAUGAGAGGCAGGAGAGUAAUUGGGGAGCCAGAAGUCACUUUAGGGAAGAGAAAAGCCGAUGAAGGUAAUGAAGAACCAAGCGACUCCUUGCAAAAGGAGGUCGAUGAAGAUUCAUAUGAACCAAGCUUGGAUAAAAUAUUUAAGAGUUCCAAGAAAGUCGACUCUAAGAAGAAUAAAAAUAAGAAGAAGAAAAACUCCAAGAAGAAAUAA